AUGGCCGUAGUAUUCUGGAGGAUAGUGAUACUGGUUGUGGAAGGUGGGGUCACCAGGGGGUCGGUGCAUCAUGCUGGCGGCUUGUCCGUCCAUCAUGUAACCCAUUGUAGCUUCUGGACUGUAAGCCCCGCUUGGACCUGCGGACAAAGGCGGAAACACUACACGUUAUUACGGUUAGAACUCUGUUCCAUAAUUGGCAAGCGAGUAUGCGACAUGCUCGUCAAAACGAAAAGUCGUGCGCGUUUAGCUUUACCCACUCUACAGGGACCGCGACCAUGGAUUCCAGGGCGUAGAGAAUGCCGAAUGAGAAAAGCCGAAUUAAAGAAAAGAAGAUUCAUUUCGGGAAAAGCCAAGUUACGCGAGGAUGCCAAUGAACACGACGAGGACGACACUGUCAGCCCCCGAUACCAAGACGACGAUCCGCCGUUGCGGAAAACGGAAAUGUGCUCCGGAAGCUUCAACAAUCCCUCGAUGAAACUAUUGGUCAUCCGCGACGCAAUACCGGAUACACCGGAUCUCAUAAUUCAUUCUCUAUCCUAA